AUGGAAACUUACAGUCAUCAUGAAGACCACGAAGCUUUGAUGUUCCACUCCUGGCCAUGUGCAUACUACGUUCAAAGCCCUUCCACCGUCUCUCAUGCAAACAGCACCGACGUCCGCAAGACCGCCAUCGAAGACCAAUCCGCCGUUACUCUCCAUUUCCACUCCCCGACUCCUUCCGAAUCAAACAUCCUCAACAAGAACCCCGACGUUGCUCGCUUCACCCUUUCGCGUUACUCAUCCUCUCGUGGAUCGAACAACUCCUUCUUGCACGACAAAAGCAUUGUCGCUGCUGCUGCUGCCGAUCACAAAGCAGGGUUCAACCGUCUCAUCAUCAUCGACAAGGUUGGUCACGGUGACAAUCAAAACGAUGAAGAUGAAGAUGAAGCUAGAGAAGGGUGGUGGUGGAGGUAUUGUUCUUUUAGAAGCUCUAAUUCUUGCGCUUGGAUUUCUUUGCAAAUUUGUUGGAGGCUGGUGUUGAGCUUGGGGCUUGCAUUGCUUGUCUUCUACAUUGCUACCAAACCACCACCUCCUAACAUUUCUAUUAAGGUGGCAAGAGUCGGUGAGUUCGGAUUAGGAGAAGCAGUAGAUGGGUCAGGUGUUUCGACCAAGAUUCUCACCUGCAACUGUUCCAUCCGCUUUGUCGUAGAAAACAAAUCAAAGCUCUUCGGUCUCCAUAUCCACCCUCCAACAAUCGAUAUAUUCUUCGGCCGUCUGCCUUUCGCUAUCUCACACGGACCAAAGCUAUAUGCUCAAAGCUCGGGUUCAUCGAGAUUUGAGGUCUACAUUGGAACAAGGAAUAAACCAAUGUAUGGUGCUGGGAGGAGCAUGCAGGACUUGCUAGAUUCGGGAAUGGGAUUGCCGCUACUGAUUCAUGUGAAGCUGAGAUCAAAUUAUCGAGUUGUAUACAACCUUCUAAAGCCUAAGUUCCAUCACCAAGCGGAGUGUUUAUUACUCCUCGACAACAAAUACGACAAGAAACACCAUACCCGGAAAUUUAAUAGCACCUGCACUUUCACUUCAUAGAACCAUGUCUGCCCAGCCCCAGCUUCA